AUGUCUGCAAUCGCUCCAAUCACAGGUACUUUGAAGAAAAGAAUUUUGGCCGAUAUCACAAUUGGCUUUGCCAUUGGUGGUGUCAUGGGAGGUUACUGGUGGUGGGGAUUCCACAAGAAAGUCAUUAACAAACGUGAGAACUUUUACGCUGAACUGGCGGAAAAGAAGAAGAUAGAAGAAUAG